AUGGCAACAAUACUCGGUCCCAAUUUGCCUGCGGAGCCAUAUAUGACCUCGCCAUCUGCAAUUCCCGUUCGCGAAGCCGUUGUUUCCGAGACCAUGGACGACAGCGAAUCACAUAAACCUCAGCCAUCGCCUCGGGCGAACCCUCCGCCAAAUCCUCCGUUUGUGUUUCCAGCUCGGGCAUCGCCCUCCUCAGCCCCUUCCUCAUAUUCAAGGGCUAGUGGCAGGAGACCAAAGUCUUUUGCGGAUUCUUUUCAUCUUGGCGUGGCCGACACAACCAGGUCCGAUAGGCGAGCAUCGCUUUCCCCUCAACUUCCGGAAUUCUCAUUCAAUCCUGGUGCUCGAUCACCCAAGCCUGAACGACCUUCAACCGGCCUCUCACCUCAACUCCCCGACUUCAAGUUCAAUCCUGGUGCUGGUAUGGCACCUGCACCACUCGAGCACCCGUUCCUUAGUCCGCCCCAAUCACCACACACGCUGCAAACGCCUCCGUCACCCCGUGCGAUUCCCACACGUCCUGGUAACCAUGGUCACAGACGUGGCGGCAGCGAAUUUGUUGGAGGACAGAUUCGCAGCGGAGACGCAAUAACUGUGUUCAGCACAAGCCCAACCAAGUCCGAAAGCGGGUUUGCCUCUCCUCAGCUCAAGCCCGCAAAUCCCAGGAGAGGACAUGCACACAGGCGUUCGGCUGCCAUAUCAAGUCAUGACCUUUCCAUGAUUCCGAAACCUACAAUCCCGCAGCCAAGGGGUAGCAGCGCGCCAUCAAGCCCCAUAGUGCACGAACCUGCUCAGAAGUUUUCCUUUCCUAACCUAGCUGAAAGCGCUCCAGAGCCAAAAGCCUCAGACUCGACCAAGGUUGAAGAAUUGUUUGCGGAUGCUCCCACUGAACCAGAGCCGGUAGAGGAAGAGGCCAAAGCCCCGGCAAGGCCUGUGAAUCGGGCCAGGGUUGGAUUCUCUGAUACACUAGAGUUCAUUCCCAGGCCUUUGUCUUUGGUAUCAAGUGACACAUCCAGCACCAUGACUGCCCGACCCGGACAUUCGCUUUCUGGGAGCAUUUCAUCCCUUAUCUCCCUUACUAGCACGACCAGCAACGAUCGAACCGAGACGUAUGCUCUCAGCCCCAGCCCAUCGCGUAACUCGACAGAACCGAGACCUAGCACCGCAGGCGCGAUUCUUGAACGGUCACUUAGUCCUCUCCCCGAAGGUCCGACUAAGUCCCCUCAGCGGCGCAAUUCGAUACCGCUCUUAAACAUUGCUGCUGCAAACGCACAGGUUGAAUCAGACACUCCCAGCCCCGGCAAGGCACAGAAACGUUGGUCUUUCUUCGGCUUGGAGCCUUUCGCAGGGUCACUGUCUCCCACGCAGCCUCGACGGUCAAGUGCAAGCUCCUCGGAUACAUCUGCAAAGCAAAGCACCUCAUCAACUUCAUCAGGAGGUCUCGAAGGCGAAUCUACUCCUGACUUUACUACAGAAGAUGAGACAGUUGCGCAAAAAUCUGGCAACCGUAAAAAUGGAAAAGUGAAGAAGAAGAAGGUUAGGUCUUGGGCUGGGUCGAUACUGACCAAGAGGACGAAGCCACGCCACAGCAAGAAGUCUUCGAAGAGUCGAUGCGCUCCUUCAUUGGAGAAUGUGCAAUGUGGCGAUGUCAGCGGUGAAAUCAACAAUGUAGACUCGGAGCAAAUCAACCCACCAGCGACAUCACCAGAUGCUACCUCAGCAGAUACCGAUCCACACCAGCCCAGACCUGACACACCACCUGAAGACGAGCCUUCGUUUCCCAUGAUAGACCUCGAUGCCGCCCUUGGACCCUUCAAUACACCGUUACCAAGGAAUCCCGAGUGGGAGGCAGCUCAGCGUGCCAGCGGUUUGACAAAAAGGCCCCUUCACAGUGCUGCUCGUCUCAGUGGGUUUAGCGGGCCAGGCAUGAACUACCAGCACCGCCGUGCUGAAAGUGCCCCAGAGAUGCCUCCGUUUAACAGGGCAGGGCUUCCUCGCUACAACAGCAACUCCACUAUGGCCGACGUUUUUGAGGAAGAAGAGGAGGAGGAAGGCAGGCCCAACGAGAAGACUCACAGAGGCGAUUUGUCCACAACAGCACUUGAAGGAUCCGCACAGGAUGGACAAACCUCCAAUAUCAAUAUACGUGUAACUCCUGACACGAGUUGCUCGCCCUCUAUAAGGGCGUCCGACUACGACGACGACGCCAUUUCAUCACGGGCUCUGAGCCGCAGAGGCAGUAACAUGAGCGGGAUGAGUGACGAAGAGAGGACGCAGCCAAGCAUGGGCGUGACUUCGGACUACUCGGCCAGCUCACUCCAUGACGAGAUAAUUUUGGAGGAGACUCCACAGAUCAAAUGGAACAUGAAGGACAGCAGUAGCGUGAUGGGAAGCCAGACAUCCGAUUCGUCGACUCCUUCACCUCGUCGAAUUUUCAAGGGGAGGGACUUGGCACCAGUGGACGUCAGCCCCUUACAUCUGCCGACGUCCUCGCUAGCGCCGAUCAGCCCGUACUCCAUUGGUCAUUCAUCCUCAUUCCCUUCUCCACGAUCGCCAAUGUCAUAUGAGGACGGAAAUCGAAUCUCAACAGCGCCAUCUUCGGUGACAGAAGACAAUUUUCAAUCGCUCCUCAUGGGUGAGCCGGGGCCUGAAGUGCGCAUUUCAAUGGAAAUACCCUCUCUUACUAGUAGUAACUCUACGAUGACAAGGGAGAGCGCCUUCAUGCAUCAACUCUCGCACCCGCCAGCUCGCGGAGAGCGUCCGGCUUCUUUCUCAUCACCGUUUGGCCGCAGGGGAAGUUUGGCUAGCAUUGGUCGUCUGAUCAGCACAUCACACGGCGAGAGGAGCAAAUUAUCGACAGAGGUUUCUCUUGAUUCCGAGCAGGCAGACAAGAAGCACAAGAAUGGCAAAUCAAAACGCUUCAGCCGCCUGAUGCAGUUCUGGAAACCCAAAGAGAGCACCACAACUAAAUGA